AUGCUAUGCCUCGUACAAGCUGGUGCGAUGCCAGAGGUACCCUCCCUUGCCUCCUCUGAAUAAUGCUUGACUCAGCUCAGACCUCACCCGUACUUACCAGAUCUGCUGCCACGGCUUGAAACCAAUCGCAACAGUCAGGCCACUAAUCACUCCAGCAGAAAUACGGCCAGGUUAUUGACGAAAAGAUCAAAUCCACUCAUCUCUCUCAACAGACUUGGUAAGCCGAUUCAUACCGAUGGCAUGAAUCCCAAAACGCUCGGUAGAAUAUUCUACAGCAAAUCCUGGAGCCGCUCUUCUCCGACCCUCGAUGUGAAGCUCUCCGCUACAAGAAGACGACGAGGUACGUUUAAUCUACACGACAACCAUCGGCAACGAGCAUUAUCAAGCCAGCCGAGCCGUUCAUUUCGUGAGCUGCUUCGGGGAACAACUACCCUCGCACCAUCCGCACGAUCUAUAAGCAGAUCCAUAAUGAGUGGCCGCGUCCCAAUUGAGUCACAGCGCGUCGACGCCCCAUUAACUGCCUCAGCAACGUUCCUGGUGUUGACGAUCAACCCGGAUCCGAGCGCCAUAAAAACCGUCCGCUCCGUCCUCUCCAGCGUCGACGACUUGACCAAGAACGUCGCCUUCCGCGACCUCCAGGCCCUAUUCGCCUGUACCGUUGGCAUCGGUAGCGACGCAUGGGACCAAGUGACUGGCCUCCCUCGCCCGGCUGAACUCCACCCAUUCAAGGAAGUCAAAGGCAAAGUCCACACCGCCGUGUCGACACCGGGUGAUCUCCUCUUCCACAUCCGCUCACAGCGGCGCGAUCUCUGCUUCGAGUUUGAGCGGCAAGUCAUGGAACUGCUGGGCGACGCUGUCUCCGUGGUCGACGAGACGGUUGGGUUCCGCUACUUCGAUGCGCGCGACCUUUUGGGCUUCGUUGACGGCACGGCGAACCCAGUCGGUCCAGCCGUCAACGCUUCCAUCGUAGUCGCCGAAGAAGACCCCGGAUCCGCAGGUGGCAGCUACAUCGUCGUGCAAAAGUAUUUGCACGACAUGAAACGAUGGCGCGGCCUGUCUACGGAAGCUCAGGAGUCCAUCAUCGGCCGCACCAAGCUGGACAACAUUGAGCUCGACGACGCGGAUGAGGGGAUGCAAAUGUCACACAAAUCGCUCGCUACCAUUGAGGACGAGAGCGGUGAGCACGAUAUUCUCCGCGACAAUAUGCCGUUUGGCUCGCCGGGCUCGAAGGAGUUUGGGACGUAUUUCAUCGGGUACUCAAGGAAGUUGUGGGUGACUGAGAAGAUGCUCGAGAGGAUGUUUAUUGGGAACCCUCCUGGACUGCAUGAUAGGAUCCUUGACUACUCGACAGCCGUGACAGGGACGACGUUUUUUGCGCCGGCUGCGAAUGUGCUGGCCGGUCUUGGUGACGACUGAUUUUGGCUUUCCAUGAAACGACCUACAUGUUGUGAUAUGCGGUACUGAUGGCUAGUGGGAUAGGAUACCAACUAUUUUGAGCACAACAAUGCCCCUAGGGUCCAACAUUAGCCUGCUACCUGUUUUUAGCACCAGCAGUGCCAGGCCUUAGCCCGUCCAGCCAUGUGCGUAGUCAUGAAAGUGUUCUUGGGCAAUUGUUGGGUGGUUGCUAGCUCGUAUGGCUUGUUACAUUCAUCGUCUGGCUGAGCAGGAAAGAAGAGGCGAUUUUCUGGUGCAAGAGCAGGCGAUUAAGCUGCAUGCCUGCAUGGAAAAGGCAUGCGACUACUGUACUACUCGAAGCGACUUGUGAUCGGCACGAUAGCCGUAUGUGCAGCCCUACUCGUAGAUUUCUCUUAGC